ACUAUUUGGAGUGAGAAGUGAGAAACAGGAGCUGCGUACUUGAAGACACACAAAUGUCAGUGGAUGCAAGCAACGUGGAACCGGGGAACCCAUCUCUCUUUAAUGACACUUGAAUGACAAUAGACAGUAAAUAGGAAUAGACAUUUCUUUGGGCACAACCUAUCUUGAUGUUGAAACACAAAUGUACCUUGGCUGGCUCUGAAGGUAUUUUCGAAAAUAAUUAUGAGAGCUUACGUGUACUGAAUGUUGAAAGAAAUGGAAAUAUAAUCUAUACCUAUAAGGACAAUAAGGGAAAUGUCUUCUUUGGAUUAUAUGAUUGCCAAAUCAGACAAAAUGAGCAUCUCUAUACAUUUGAGAAAGACUUGCAAGUUGUCAGUGGCUCUGUCAACAGUGAGAGAACUUUGCUUGCUGCAAGUUUAGUUCAAUCUACUAAAGAAGGAAGAAAAAAUGAGCUUCAACCAGGAUCGAAGUGCUUGACUCUGUUGGUGGAAAUUCACCCCGUAAACAAUGUGAAGGUCCUAAAAGCAGUAGACAGCUAUAUUUGGGUCCAGUUUCUCUAUCCACAUGUUGAUAGUCAUCCUCUUCCAGAGAACCAUCUGUUACUGAUUUCAGAAGAGAAAUAUAUUGAACAAUUUCAUAUCCAAGUCAUCCAAGAAGAUGGAAAUAAAGUGGUGAUCAAAAAUUCUGGCCAUCUCCCAAGAGAGAGAGUAGCAGAGGACUUUGUCUGGGCUCAGUGGGAUAUGUCAGAGCAGAGAUUAUACUACAUUGAUCUGAAGAAAUCAAGGAGUAUCUUAAAAUGUAUCCAGUUUUGUGCUAAUGAAAACUUUAACUUAAUGUUUGAAGCACCCUUGGACAUAUCAUUAAGUGACUCAGGAUUUAAGCUUGUCAACUUUGGAUGUGAUGAUCUUCAAGACCAAGAGAAAUUAUCCAAAUACCUGACUCUGUGCGUUUUUACCAACCAUACAGGAAGUUUGUGUGUAUGUUACAGCCCGAAGUUUGACUCUUGGGAACAAAUCACCUAUUCAGUGUUUUACUUUCAUAAAGGGCACAGCAAGACCUUCACUGCUGCUCUUGGGAGUGCCAACUCACGUGUGACACAGGGCAUUACUUUUCUCAACCUUGACUAUUAUGUGGCUGUUUACUUACCUGGUCAUUUCUUUCAUCUACUUAACAUUCAACACCCAGACCUGAUCUGCCACAGUUUGUUUUCGACAGGAAACAAUGAAGUGAUUGAUAUGCUACCUCAUAGUCCUUUACAGUCACUGUCAGGGUCCCUGGUACUGGACUGGUGUUCUGGAAAGCUCUAUAGAGCAUUCCUAAACCAGUCAUAUUUACUAGAGUUCCUAUGGAACACCCAGCUGGACUGUGAGAAGAUAGCCGUUUUGCACUGUGUGCUGUCAUGUGGCCGCGACCCACAGUUCCUGGAAGCAAAGAUUAUUCAAUGGGUUUCUGAGAACAUCUCUGCCUGCCAUUCAUUUGACCUCAUUCAGGAAUUUAUAAUUGCUUCUUCAUAUUGGAGCAUAUACCCAGAAACAAGUAACUGGGAUAAACUUUUGCCAUUUUCCUCUGUUCUCACUUGGAGUACAGAAAUUCCUGGAAUAACCCUUGUGACGGAAGAGAUUGCAUUGCCUCUAAUGAAGGUGCGUAGCUUUCAAGGCUACUGGGAAAAACUGAAUUUCCACCUGGAAUAUGUCAAGUACUCCAAGCCACCCUUACACUAUAACAACAGCAUGGUCUGGAGAGAGUGGCACAGCCUGAUCUCGGAAGAGAAAACAGGAAAAAGAAGAUCCAAAGUGUAUGUGAGGAAUAUUCUUGAUAAUGCAAUCAAGGUGAUUUCUAACCUAGAAGCAAGGAGUUUGGAGCCAAGAUUGACACCCCUCUUCCAGGAGGAGGACAACCCACAGAGGCUACUUGUGGGACUGAUGGUGUCUGAACUAAAAGACCAUCUUUUGAGACACCUACAGGGCGUAGAAAAGAAGAAAAUUGAACAGAUGGCUCUGGAUUAUGUUUCAAAACUGCUGGAUCUCAUUUGCCAAGUACUGGAAACCAGUUGGAGGAAACACAAUCUUCAUCCCUGGGUUCUCCACUUCGAUAGGCAGGCUAGUGAUGCUGAAUUUGCAGUCUUCCACAUCAUGACCAGGAUUUUGGAAGCUACUAACAGUUUGUUUUUACCUCUGCCUCCUGGUUUCCACACUCUGCACAUUGUCCUUGGCGUCCACUGUCUCCCUCUGCACAACCUGCUGCAUUACAUCGAUAACGGGGUGUUGCUUCUCACAGAGACAGCUGUCACAAGGCUCAUGGAAGAUCUGGACAACACAGAGAAAAAUGAAAAACUGAAAUUCAGCAUCAUCGUGCGGCUUCCACCGCUUAUUGGUCAGAAGAUCUGUCGGCUUUGGGAUCAUCCUAUGAGUUCUAACAUUAUUUCCCGGAACCAUGUGAAGCGACUGCUUCAGAACUAUAAGAAACAGCCUCAGAGUUCUAGGAUUGACAAGUCAUCAUUUAGUAUAGAAUUUCUGCCUCUCAACUACUUCAUUGAAACAUUGACAGAUCUAGAAUCUUCCAGUCAAGCACUGUAUGCUUUUGAAGGACACGAUAACGUGGAUGCCAGGUUUGUGGAGGAAGCAGCUCUGAAACACACCAUGAUGCUUCUAGGCUUAUAAAAAAGAAAGUACAGUUGAUCAGCUUCCAAUGUUUAAUCGUGCUCAUCAGCUCUACUUCUAUUCUUUAGCAAUAUUUAAAAUUGGGGACCAAAAUGAGAACACCGGGUGGAGCCAUCUGAAUUUCAGUUCGGUACUUGUUCAGAGAGAACUAAACUGCAGUGCCUCAUCUCAGUUUUGAAUAGCAGAGGAGCAGUCAAGUGUGGAGAGAUGACAGGCAGUCCAAGGGCUGCAGUGGCAUAAGUAAGGCUCUUCCUGGUGGCUUAUCUUCCUGGUGGCUUCAUUGGCCAAGAGCUCGUGCCUGUUGCACUCUGAAAUAAAAUCCCCUUUAAAAAUGUAGGGAACAGUGCUUAGAAAAACAGACACCCGAUGUGUCAUUGAAAAAAAACAUAUGACAAGUGGAAAAAUUAAAUGCUGCACAAAAACUGUAUCUGGCAAGAAGGUACUUUUUAAAAAACUGAAUUUGGACGAAGUCAAAUCUGCCAUUUCUAGUAGAGAAGAAUUUGCAACAUACAGCAGUUUGUAUAUACAGUAUUUAGAGUAGGAUUUGUUUUUGUGAUGGUUCAGAUGGAACUGUAUUUGAUGUUUUUAAGCUUUUUAUAUUUAUAAAAGUUUGAUUUAGAUGUAUCUGAUUAAAAGAAAAGAAACGAAACACUGAAAGUUUGGGCCUGACCCUUUUGUUCUUUGAACAUAUAGCCUUUUUAUUCCAGCCAGAAAUCAUGAGUCCAUGAACACGUUCCCCCAGGGCACCUCAUGACAUCUAACUAGUUCUCCCACUUCUUUUUUCCCUCUCUCCUACAGGGACUUCAUCCUAACCCAUAAAUCGCGUUGCUGCCUGGGGUCAGCCCAUAAUCCUUUGCUUUUCUCUCUUCACACUGUUUCCCUCAAUGAAUUUGUGAGAUUUAAAUCAUUAUCAAUAUCAAUAGCUGGUAUAAUAAUUCAACUUUUUUCUAAAAUCAAGAUUGUGUUCUAAAAAUGGUCCUCUCCUGUAGAAAUCCCGUUUUGGGCCAAAUCCUUCAUGCUCACUGAGGCUCAAAAUCUUGGAGCCUUUAUCAGCAAGGCAGUGCUGAUUUUUUUCUCUUGAUGAAGUCAUUAUUUUUCGUGCCCUACCCUUUUCUUUUCCCACCUGGGUUGUUUCAGUCGCUUUCUAGAGCCUAAUCAUCUGACUUAUAUUUGAGACAACACUAGCUUAAUAACUUGCCAUUCGUUAUGGGAUGAAAUCCAAACUCAAGUUCGAGGUCUCCCUGAUCCUGGGCGCAGACAGUUCCCCGGCGUGAACAUUCUGUCCCAGCCAUCCCAGUUCGCUGGGCCUUGAACACAACUUCUCUCGUUUUACUUCCAAGCCUUGCUCAGGCUGUUGCCCAGGCCUGGAAUCCCCUCUCCACCUAUGAAAGUUUUAUUUAUGCUAAAGGGCCAGGUAAGAAGUUCCAUCGGACUGUGACCCUGGCCUUUCCAGCACACAUGGCAUCUUGCCUCUCUGAACCAGUAGCACACAGUUGUAAUACUUAAAUAUCCAUCCCUUUGUGAUUUUUAAGAAUUAUGUUUCCAGUCUUAUGUUGCUAAGCUUCCUAUGUGUAUCUUUUUUGAAUCCCUAAUGUGAUUACUAAUUCCUACAACACAGGAACUGUGUUUAUGCAGCAUUUCUUUGUAUUAACCACUGUCUUAUACAGUGGUACUUAGGCACUGGCACUCCCAAGGAAUUGCUUUUCGGUAGCUUCACAAAGCAUUCUGGUUAGAUUCAGGAAGACUGAGAAUGAGAUUAAAUUCCCCUCCAAUCUGGCAGGAUGGGGCUUAGGACAGAUUUUGUUUGAUUUAGCAAAAUAAAGGAAUGGGGUAUUUCUCACACCCAGAGUUGUGAAAUAAAACUCAUAACUGAUACCAGUAUGAAAUAAAGAUAGUUUGGGCAUAUUAACGAAUGUGAAAUCACAGGUUUCAAAUCUACUUGUGUAUUCAUGAAAAAAAGUAAAAACAGAAUUAGGAAUAUACUUGGAUGAAAUGCAAUAAA